AUGGCCGUUCUUGGAUCAUUUCGCAAGUGGUUGAGCCUCAAGCAAUACCAGCUGGAGGUCACUUUCAGUGUGUACAUGUUCACGCCCUGGGAGAAGUUCUUUUUCAGCUCCAUUGUUUUUCUGCUCUUCAGCUUGACCUUCAUCGCCGCCUGUCUUUACCUCCCGCAUCACAUUUCUUUCCUUGUCGGUCGCGCCUGGUACUAUAUCAAUGGAGAGCACAUUGAUGUUGCCGAGGUGGUACAGGAAGCUGUUAAAGAUAUGUCUGCGAGCGCGCUGUCCGGGACAACUGCAAGCGUCGUAGAUGUUACCAAGGAGACAGUCGAAACGGUUGUGAGAGAACUAUAA